CAUCAAAUACUGCCUUCCCUGUCCUUCUCCCUGUCUUUCUCUCUCUUCUUCUUCCUCAUCCCACCUCUCAUUCACAACACAAGAUCUCAUUGCUUCCUCAGUUCCUCUCUCACUCUUCUUUCAAAUUAGUCUGCAGCACCUGCACUAACAACUAACAAGUAACUACUCAUCUUUAUUUAUCCAUUAUCUUAAGUCCUUUUCACUCCUUGUAUAAAUCUGUUAAAUAUCUUUUGACUUUUCUGCUUCUGCAUAAAACCUACCCUUCAACCCUCUCUUUCAUUUUUCUGCAAUCAAGGAUUUUGCUACUCCUCCAAAAUCUUCUCUCACAAGAAAUAUCCCCCCCAUAAAGAUUCCCAAGCCUCUGAUAUCAUAUCAGUAUCUAGUUGACUUUUCCUUUUUUUCCUGUUUUAAAAUCCUUGUCAAGUGCACGGUGACAGAGUCAAUCAGAAAAAAAAAAAAGCAUUCAGCAUUUUUUUGUGUGUGAAUGGAUUCGAAUUCCCGUUAUCAACUCCAACCCAAUUCUGGGUUCCUUCGAUUUCGCUCUACCCUUAGCUCACCUCAGACGAAUCUCAAACAAGGUGAAGGUGGUGCUGCUGCCAAUAAUGGCGGGGGCAACCAGUGGGGGGGUUUUGAACCAGAGAGGCUGGUUCCUCAAUUCAUGAAUUCAGGUAACACUGAGAGGAGUCACAAUUACUCUGAAUUCGUGAAUGAGAAACUUACUAAUCAUAAUUCAUCAUCAUCAUCACCAUCAUCUCUCAGCAGAAUGAAUUUUCAUCUUCUGAGACAGAGUAGCUCCGCUGCUGCACAUUUCUCCAACAUCAUCUCCUUUCAGAAUGGGCAUGAUACUACUAAAGGUGUUGGAAACUAUGGUGGGGUGAAUGACAGUGAUGGUGAACAAAGUCUAUCUAUGAAUAGAUUGAAUAACCAAAUCAGCAAUGGUGAUACUCGUAAUAGUGGCCUUAGAUUCCCUUAUGAUUCAUGGAAUGAGACCUCAUUCUUCUCAGAUAAACACAUUGACUCCAACAAAGAGAGAAAUGGUGAUGAUAAGUUACUCUCUGAUGCUCAGAAUGGAGAGCUAGGAAAUCAAGUUCACACACUGACUCAUCACCUGAGUUUGCCUUUACCGAGAAAGUCAUCACAGUUGUUUGCUAUGGACAAUUUGCUUGAGUUCACAGAUUCUGUUCCUACCAAUGUCAGAGCAAAGAGAGGCUUUGCUACUCAUCCUCGAAGCAUUGCCGAAAGGGUGAGAAGAACUAGGAUCAGUGAACGAAUAAGGAAAUUGCAAGAGCUUGUUCCAAAUCUUGACAAGCAAACUAGCACAGCAGAAAUGUUGGACUUGGCUGCAGUGUACAUUAAUGAUCUUCAGAAACAAUUCAAGACUCUAAGUGAAAAACGAGCUAAAUGCAAAUGUACAAGAAUGCACACAUCAGAAUCAAAUCAAAUUGCUUGAGUUUCUUUUGUACAGGUAAUAAAGGAAGUGUGUAGACAUGGAUAGGAUCCGUUCAUCGUGUCAAAUCUGCAAGUGCUAAAAACUAAGUAGAAAAAAACUGAAAAAAUAUGAUAUUUUCUUUAUUGAGUGUAACACAGAUAGCUAGCAUUUAGCUUUUUGCUACAAUAUUGAGGUUCUUUAAGGUAACUGGGGAUUUCAAUCACAUAAACAAUAAAUCAAAUAGAUCAAUGGUAGAGGGUUGCAUGCUUAAUGAGCUUCUAUAAAUACAUCCUUUAUGGGCAUCAAGUUACUAGGCCAAAUAUAAUUAGUUAAUAUUAUUUCUAUGUUUAUUUCUAGUUUGUUAUUUAGAUCAUGUUCUAGAGUAUUCUACUUUCUAUCAUGGUGCCACAUGUAAGGUCACCUUUCAUCCCUUAGAGUGGAUAGUUAGUAUAAGUUGUAUGGUUUCCAUUAUGAAAUAUUAACAAGAAAAAAUUAAUAGAGACAUUAUGCAAUUUUGUAUACUAGAACUUUAAUGUAUUCAUUUUGAUAUUAUGUUCUUUUUA